GGGAUAUUUCGACAUGAAAUUUGAGGCAGAGAAGAUAGAGUUGAAUUGAGCCCUUUAGUUUAGCGGUGUCUGUAAUCUAUGUAGAUUUUGGCUUUGGUAGUUAUUGUGGCAGAAAAAUGGCGUCGUUGUUUUCGAAUUCUCCAAUGGUAAGAGGAAGAGAUGAAGUGUAUGUUGCUGCAAUGCCUCUGAGGGCUACAAAGGGACCACCCCAGUUGCUUAUGUCUGCUGCUUACUCUCUCAAUUUCUGGGAUUUGCAGCAUUUCAUGGUCAUCAUCAAACCCUAUUCACCUUCUCAGGUUCUGGUUUUUGAUUUUCAGCCCAAAGAUCCUGAAGAUAUAUAUGUGGCACUGGCAGCUUUGUAUGGUACAGCAGUGCCAGGAGCUGUUCUUGUGAGGAAGUUACAAAAGUUACCAAGAAACAAAUGCUGGCUUGUUGGAUAUUCAACUGAGGAUGCAAUGGAAAUAGCAGAAGAAUUCAACAAAAAAUGGGAAACAAAUUUGAGAAUUGGCCUACACGAUUGUCGCGAUUAUACCAACAGUUUGGUUAGGCAACUCACUGGCGAAAAAGAUGUGCUGGAACGUCUGAGAAACAUUGGUGGUUAGAGGGAAUUCACUGUCUUUCUAGACAAAGUUAAACAUAGUGUUUAACUUUUGUCUUUUCAGAUUAAUGUAGGACUUUGAGUCAAGUUUGAAUUAUUUUCAACAUAAAUGAAUUCUAGUUAGUUGUAUAUUCAUCUGUAGAUAAUUAGAAGUCCCAGCUAAGUAAUCCUAAUAAUGGUGAUAGAUUAUGAAAACUACCACGUUGUGGUUGUUGUAUACUUCAUUAUACUAUACCAGUGAAUGUCGAUGUUUAUCUUAAA